AUGAAGUGGUCUUCGGCUUUCGCUGCCUUCUCGGCUAUCGUCUCUUCGGCUCUUGCUGAAGAUCUCCUCUUCCUCGAUUCCCUCGUCGGUCGCGAGCAGGGAAAUGCUGUCGAUCUAGGAUUUACCACCAAGGUGGUUACAGAAGCACAAUUCCGAGCCUUGACCACUGCCGACUUUGCCUCGUUCAAAGCAAUCAUCUUUGGUGAUGACUUUGGAGCAAGCAACCAAGCUCAACUGCAAGUUCUCAUUGACACGAAGAACGUCUGGGGUCCGGCUGUGACUGGAAACAUCAUUAUCCAUGGUGCUGAUCAAUCCAACCACGCCAAAGAUGUUUUGAUCAACAACUCGAUCAAGUUUGCUGCCUCUGGCAAAUCCCUCAGUGGUGCUUCCAAUACAGGUCUCUACUUCUCACUCUCUCAAUACUAUGACAACAUCGCAGUGUCCAAUGUCGACGCUCUUUCGUACUUCGGAACCUUCGAAGUUCGAGGCAAACUCUCCUGCUAUGACAAGGUUCACAUCGUCGCAUCUUCCCCAGCAAUCGAUACCCUCACUGAUGCCUAUCUUUCCAACUGGGGCUGCUCUGUUCAUGAAGCUUUCUCUGUCUACCCAUCUGUUGGUAUGAACGGUUUCCAGGCUAUUGCCAUCGCUGAUGGUGUUGUCUUCCCUGGUACUCAAACAUAUGGUGACGGACACUCGGGUCUUCCAUACAUCAUCACUCGUGGUGCUACUCCAGCCGGGUGUGGCGACGGGAAAUGGGAUACUGCUAUCGGAGAGGAAUGCGAUGAUGGAAACGUCGUUGAUGGUGAUGGAUGCUCUAAAUCUUGCAAGUGUGAAAGCGGUCUGCCAAAGGGUGAUGGAACUUGCUAUCUAAGCAACACCACCAUUCCUAUUCAACCAUCUGGGCCAAUCAAACCAACUGGAUAUACCAACAGCUCCAGCGCAGUUAUUCCAGGUGGACCAACAACCACUCCUCCAUACCCAGUGACGACUCCUCCACCACCAUAUGUCACCCCCGCGGUCCCAACUGUCUCCUGCAUUGGUGUUGAAAUUGUCGUCUCUGUGACCGUCACCGAACUCUGCUCCACCAUUGCUCCAGGAUCAACCGUUACCUCGACCAUCACAUCAGCAUUGGCCACUUACCAAAAGCCAAUCUACAAUACCUACAUCGCAACAGCACCAUGUUACGUCUGCGCAUUAUCUUCCCAAUCCAUUGCCUACACCGCAUUCAUAACCGCAACCUCUACAUACUGCCCUGCAUGCGCAACACCACCGGCACCAGCGACAAUCUACCCAUGCGCAAACUGCCCUGGCACAACUCUCACAGCAGUCUGCCCUUGGGCCACAACCCCAGCCUUCAGCCAAGCAGCAGUCUACACUUCCUACUCGGCCAUGAGCGAGAUGCCAGCAUGCACCACAUGUCAAUACACACCAACCGUCACCCCAUCAAUCGUGUACACCACACCUGCAGCAAAGAGCCCAUUCUGCAGCUCCUGCGCCGCGACGACCAGCACAUAUGCCGGCGUCCAAUACACGCCUACACCCUCCGGGCCAGUGCAAUUCACUGGUGCUGCUUCCAAGAGCACCCCGGGCUCGAUGAUGGCUUUGAUCGCUGUCUUCGGAGCUGGAGCCCUCGGCGCAGUGGCUUUGGUGUUGUAG